AUGGAGGAAAGCGAUGAAGAACAAGUCAUUAUUGCUUCACAAGAAACCAGGUUCUCCAUUAGAAAAGAGCAGCUAAACUCUGGUGUCCACCCAGUAGAAGAUACCAAAGCAACCAAAGAAACAAUCUUAACAGAUGAUCCCUGUGAGACCAUACACAUCGGGGUGGUGUGUUCUGGAUAUAAUUCCAAUUUAAUGUUUCAUGUUCUACUUAAAUCUAUAUUCCUUAACAGAGUCAAUCCACUACAUUUUCAUAUUCUAUCAAACAAGAUUUCCGAAAAGAUAUUGAGAAAAUUGUUUGAAAGUUGGGAUGUGUCACAAGUGAACACAACAUUUUAUGAUAUGAGUAAUUAUACCUCUGAAAUUAGAUGGAUACCAAAUAGCCACUAUUCAGGAAUACAUGGAUUGUUGAAACUAUUAUUUCCAAAAAUCAUCCCCCUAACGGUUACUGACAGAAUUCUAAUCUUGGAUACUGAUAUGACUGUUGUUAGUGACAUCUAUGAACUUUGGAAUAUGUUUAGGAAGUUCAACAAGAAACAAGCAAUAGGAAUGGUUGAAAACCAAAGUGACUAUUACUUAGGAAUCAAUACAUGGCCAGCUAUUGGCAGAGGUUUUAACUCGGGCGUGAUUCUGUAUAACCUUCUGCUUUUAAAGAAGCUUAACUGGCCCAAGUUGUGGUCGGACCUUGCUAAAAGGGAUGCUCGAAUUUAUGGAUCAACUCGAUUAGCAGAUCAAGAUAUUAUAAAUGCUAUCUGUAAGGAGCACCCAGAAAUUAUUUUUGAAGUGCCUUGUGUAUGGAAUACUCAACUAAGUGAUAAAACGUUAAGUGAGAGCUGUUACAAAAAUCAUAAAGUGAAAAUUGUUCACUGGAACUCACCGAAAAAGUACAAUGUUGAAAAUAAAGACGGGGAAUACUUUAGAAGUUUAGCUACUGGAUUCCAAGAAUAUAACGGAAAUUUGUUAAGAAAAAAAUUGCAGUUAUGUAAUAAUGUGCCAUUACCAAUUCCUUUGAAUGACUCUGACGAUGUUUGUUCAGAUUUUCAAAGUCUAGCGAAUAAGCAUUGGAGAACGAUCUUGUAUUUUAGGGAGUAUAAGCAUAUUGUAGUGGAAAACGAUAUUACGUUUGUUGCUCAAUUAUCAUAUGAUAGGUUACAAACUAUUGAAGAUUUAGUCAAAGCAUGGCAGGGCCCCAUGAGCUUAACGUUAUACGUAUCUGAUUCGGAAUUAAUGAAAAGCAUCAACUUCAUAACAAAUUCUGAUGUACUGAAAGAUAGAUGGAACGUUGCUUAUCAUGCUGUAUUCAAAGAUGGGGAUUUGUAUCCCAUUAAUAUAUUAAGAAACAUCGGCUUAGCUAACGUACAAAGUCCAUUUGUAUUUUUAGCCGAUAUAGAUUUCCUCCCAUCUAAAGAUUUGUAUGAAUCUUUAAUUAAACAUAUUACAGUCAACAGUCCGUUAAAGAAAAAGGCAUUAAUAGUACCUGCUUUUGAAAUUCAGAAAUAUGUUAAUCAGAUACCAUCAGAAAAAAGUGAACUUUUACUAAGACUAAACGAUAAAUCGAUUACUCCAUUUUUGUCCAAUAUUUGGGCUCCAGGUCAUUCUCCAACGAUGUACAAUAUUUGGAGGAACAGUACCAAACCGUACAAGGUGAAAUGGGAAGUCGACUACGAACCGUAUAUCAUAGUUAGAAAUGACGUGGUGCAGUACGAUGAAAAGUUUGUAGGCUUCGGAUGGAACAAAGUCUCACAUAUAAUGGAACUAGAAGCUCAAAGUUAUGAAUUUAUAGUGUUACCAGAUGUAUUUAUUAUUCAUAAACCGCACACUCCCAGUUUCGAUUUAGGAAGGUUUAGGACGUCUUCUGUAUACAGGCUGUGUCUUCGGCUUUUAAAGGAGGAGUUCAUCCAAAGACUCAACAAACAAUACAACAGAAAUUUCUCAUACUUCAAUACUUCUGCAAUGCUACCGGAGAUUAGAAGAAGGAAAAGACAUAAUAUGUCUUUGGAUUUCAUUUCGACCACUGUGGAAACAAAUACAGACUAUCCAAACGCUACAGAGUAAUGUUAGAAGAGUGUUUCAAAAAUUAAAACCUAAUGAUAAUGUGAUUAUUAUUUAAAUUUUAAAAGUAUCAAAUAUUUGGCAAGAAGGUUUUAUUUUGAUAUGAUAAUAAGGCUGUUAAAGGUAAUAAUAAACAUUUUUAAGGUAGGUAAUUUGUUUUUACGUAUCAACUAAAACAAUAGAGCAACUGUUUUAUUAAAAAAUCUUAAACAUUAUACUUUUUGCUAUCAGGCUCAUUUCCCUUUUUUAGUACGAAAAAAAAAUAUAAAGGUUGAUGUUUUAUGAAAUUUUUGCUUCAUUUAUUUAGUGUAGAGGGAGUUUAUCGAUAUACUAGUUUUUUCUUACAUAACAGGAAAUUAUUAUUUUUAACAUUUUAGCCCUUAACCGAUAACUGUUACAGUAAUACGGAUUUGUCAUACAUUGUAAAAUUUGGCAAGAAGCUGUUUUAUAAAUAUGUUUGUUCAUUCAGAUCCAUUUACAUGGAUGGAAAUUUAGCAGGUGAUAAUACUAGGCUUGUUCAGUUGAAACAUAUCUUUGAUCCAGAAAAAAUUUAUCGGUAAACAUAUCUACAAAUAACUACCACUAUAUUUAAGGCACACAUUACAUUGUUCCACCAAUUGAUUCAUACCCUGUUUAAAAAAAAUUUGUGGCUGUAUGUGGAAAAAUUCUUUGACGGCAUUUUGUAUUUCUUCGUCCAUCUGAAAACUAUUAUUAAUGCCAUUUUCAGUGGCUAAUACUCUAAUUUUCUCUCUAAUUUCUUUCGUUGUAGAUUUUUUCACUUCUUCGGCGACAUAAAGCAGAGCAUUUUCGUGCAGAAGAAUAACAAGCUUUUCUGGACGUUUUGGCCAUAUUGCUUGAUAAAUAUUGUUUAAAGUUUCCCUAUAAAUGUUUCCGUUAAUAUGCACUCUACGUUCCAAAAACUUCAUGAGACAGUGUCCUUCAUGGUUAAAAAAACAUGUUAACAUGACCUUGCCCGCAGAAGGUUGAAAUUGGUAUGGCCGCACGCUGAUUAUAUUUGGACGGAUUGUUAACAACAAACGCCAUUUUGAAGUCACUAUACUUAAAGUAGUAGUCAAAUACAAAUGAUAGGAACUGAUCAGUGUGACGUGUACAAACAUUACUAACAUUUCAGAACGUCAGUUGAGCGAUUAUAAUAAUAAUUGUUUCCAAGGCUAACCUGACCAAAGAUAUGAUUCGAUUGAACAAGCUUAUAUUAAUUUUUACAACAGUUUCCGGACAGAAAUAAGUAGUUUAUUUACAACAAUUUUCUAGGGGGAUUUUCUGUCAGGAACUAGGAGGAUUUCAUCUCCGGAAGUAAAUAUGGUUAAGCGAUGUAAUUCAUUUCUUCUUUCUUUGGCCGACGGCAUAGGUUAUAUUGGCUUUGAGGGUAAUUGUGAUUUGGACCUUGGUUGUUAGAGUGUUGGUUGAUUGUUUACUGAACCAGUGGAAUCAAAUUUGCCCACCAUACUUCGAAUAGUCUUCUCGGUAGAACAAGGGCGAUUAUAUUUACGAUUUAUCUUCUCGGUAGGACGAUUAUAUUUUUAUUUUCUAUUAACGUCCUUUCAGAAUGUUGGUUACCAUCAUAGCUAUUUUAAUCUUAUUCGCCGCCACUCGCGGUUGCAAUCUCGCAAUUUCUUCAACCAUGAGGACUUUCUUCGUCCUGGACCGCAUUUGCCUGUCAUUUUCCCUUGCUUAAUAUUUUGUAGCAAUUUAUAUUUGGGGAGAUCCGUUGUCCCCAUUGUUGUUUAACCUGGCCUUAGAAUAUGUCAUGCGAAAAAUGUAUCCAAAACUCAAACCAGACAUAACUGCUCGGGGAGCAAAAAUCAUACUCGCCUUUGCCGAUGACGUAGACGCAGUAGCACAAUCAACGUUAGAAAUUAAGGAUAUUUUCUCGAGCUCUGAAGAAGCUGCAUUAAACAUCGGUCUAAAAAUAAAUGAAAACAAAACAAAAUACGUGGUCGUCUCAAAACAAGAACGACGGCGAAUACGGCAAAAUAUUACUAUAAACGAUCAUAACUUCGAAGUGGUUAAAGAAUUUAAAUAUCUAGGAGCAACAAUCACAAAUGACAACAAAUUAGAGCGAGAAGUUGAAACUCGAGUAAUGGCAGGAAACAGAUCUUUCUUUGCAAUGAAACAUCUAAUGAAGUCAAAACUUCUUUCACGAGGUGGAAAAAUCCAGAUAUAUAAGACCAUAAUAUGACCAGCAGUCGCGUAUGGAAGCGAAACAUGGACGCUAACAAAAAGAGAAGUAAAUAAAUUGCUGGUGUGGGAACGUAAAAUCCUUCGAAUGAUAUAUGGCCCUUGCAGAGACAGCGUUACAAACGAAUGGAGCCGCAGAUACAAUAACGAGCUAGAGUCUCUAUUCGGAAAAGAAAAUCUAGUCAGAUAUAUAAAGGCUAAUAGACUCAGAUGGGCAGGGCAUGUGAUACGCAGUAACGACAAUCGCCUUAUAAACAAUGUGUUCUGGGAAAGGCCAGAUGGAAGAAGUUCUGUAGGGCGGCCUAGAAAAAGGUGGAAAGAUGCAGUCAAAGAAGAUCUAGAGAAAAUGGGAGUGCGACAAUGGGAAUUAGUGGCACAGGACCGACAAACAUGGAAGGCAAUAGUAAACGCGGCAAAAACUCACGAAGAGUUGUAGUAGCGCCAUUGAUGAUGAUGAAUUUAUAUUUGGGUCCUCUCAAUAGAUAUCCGAAGUGUUUCAGGUGUUUCUUCUUGAUGUUUUCUAUAAUCUCCUAGGUCUUUCUAAGAGGUUUUAGAUAGUGAAGUUUUAAAUCAUUUCCACCCAAGAAUCUUUUAAAAUUCUCCAUAGCACCACAUUUCCAAAGCCUCGAAGCGUUUUAGACCACUUUUAUUCUCGACUCGACACCAUAAAGCAAGACUGAGAACACAGCAGCGAAGUAGGCUGAUCCGCAAUGACAAGUACUUUAGUUCUUUGUAACAUAAUACCUUUUCACAUCCCUCUGAGAGCUGAUCUGGUCUGCUUAGUUCUGGAUCUAGUUUCACCGUGACUCUCUGCGUUAGAAUUUAACUGAUAUCUAUUUAGGAUAAACAAAUUGAUCAAAUUGCUCAAGUUUUAUAUUCUGUUCAUCUGUGCGCAGUGUACCUAUGAAGUUUCUUAUGACUAUAUUGUAUAUACAAUUUUCCUUUCAAUCAAUGAGAUUUCUACAUCUUUCCGAAUAAUUAAUUGUUUAGAAUGGCCUUGUAAAAGACAAUUUUACGAAAUUCACUUUUCUUCUUUCAGUACCCUGUUCGAUUAUCGAACGUUGGUGAUCAUAUUGGCAAUAAUAACUUUGUUUACGGCGGCUCUAAACAGAUUAGCGGUGAUCUCUUGAUACCACUUCCGGAUAUUUCGGAGCAAGGAUAUUCUUCUUCGGCCUGGGCCACUUCUUCCGAUGAUCUUGCCCUGCAUUUUGAGGUGUAGAAGGUUGUACCUUUCUAAAUGACUCAUUUCAUGUCCGAAAUAUUGUAACUUUCGAAUUGUUACUCACUUGCAUUUAUUUACAUGGACAUAUUAUCGAAUAACAAAAAUAUAAUCGAUAUUAUUUCGAUUAUUUUAGACUUAUUUCUAUUAUUUCGACUUUGUUGCUGUAGCUACAGAAUUGUUUAAGUUUAGUACCCGAAAAAAAAAAAAGAUUUACAUUAAAUAAUAUUGAACAAACAUUACCCCUGGUAUGAAUCUGCAAUUUAUUGGGUAAAAACGAUAGCAAAUUUACUUUUUACAGAGUUGCGAUAUUUUUUUUAAUACCAUGUGCUUUAUAACAUAAAAACCUUACUGUGCAUAAUUAAUUAUUUUUUUUUUGUCACAGAUUGCAUUAUAUAAAUUCGUAGAACCUUUGAACAUCCAAAAAUGUUAUAGAACCAUCGAACUAUGCAUGGUGAUAAAUUCCCUUUAAACAUUAUUAUGAAGCUGUAUAAUAAGUUUUGGAUUGAUUUAUUUAACAUCUACCAUAUCUUUGAGAAUACAACUAAAAUUUAGAGACAUUGAUUUUUAAUACCUUAUUUAUUAUUUUCAUUAUUUCAUAAUUUCCAACUUUCUCUAUUAUCUCAUCAAUACAGCAACACUUUGCUAAAAUUGCAACCUCAAAAUAAAUAUCCAAUGAAUUUAAUAGAGAAAGACCACUAAACACAAAAGAAACAUUUACAACUUGGUACAAUAAUUCUUCUGACUAUGGGUAUCAAAUUAGUACAUACAUUUACUGUCUAUAAUUUUUAUUAUUAUUUUGACUUCAUGACUGUAUUAAUUUAUUUGGAUCCAUGGGCAUAUACGAAUUUUUUAAAAAAUAGUGGUAGGGCCGGUAGGAGAGCCCAAGCGGGGAUUUUUGCAGUUACUCGAGCGCGUCAGAUUAUGAUAUGGGGAGAAAUCUUGUGCCCUGUAAAUGUAUCCCUACCAUAUAUUGGAUCUUAAUACAGGGGAGUUCGUUGAGAGGGGUCCGAAAAAAAAUCUAUCCUUAUUAAAACUCAAAAUCGUCAGAUUAAGAUAAGGUAAAUUAAGUACUGUAGAACAGUGUAUAUUUAAAAAAUUUGACGGUUUGACCUGGGCGUAAGGAAAUGGGCGAGUCACAAAGUUUCACAAGAAAAAAGCGAAUAUUUCGAGAAAUAAACGUCAGAUCGAAAAACUAAAAAAUACGUAUUCAAUAUUUUUUUAAAAAUGUAUCGAAUGAUACCAAACACGACGCCCCACGUAGAGGGGUGGGGGUAAAUUUAAAAUUUUAAAUAAAAAUCCUGCGAUAUUUCGCGAAGUAAACAUCAGAUCAAAAAGUGCAAAAUGCAUGUAUUCACUAUUUUUGAAAAAUCUAUCGAAUGACACCAAACACGACCCACCACGGAGGAGGGGUGGGGGGUUAGUUUAAAAUAUUAAAAAGGAGCCCCCAUUUUUUAUUGCAGUUUUGGAUUCCUUACGUAAAAAGAAGUAACUUUUAUUCGAGAUAUUUUUCGAAUUAUGGAUAGAUGGCGCUAUAAUAGGAAAAACGAUUGUUGGAAAUGGAAAAUUAAAUUAAAAAAUGGAAAGUCUCCACUUAAAUGCAAAACUUUACUUAACUUUUUUUGGUUUUAAAACCUAAUAUUCACAACCCAAUAGCGCUCGAGUAGCUGCAAAAUUUAGAAUACUUUCCUCCCCUACUAUAGCGUUUAUUUGUUUAAUAAAUUCCUUAUUUGCUUAUUUCCGUGCAACUUUUGAUAAACAUAAGGUCAUUUACCAAGCACUAGGAGAGAUUUGUUAGUGGGAUCUUUUAUGGUAAUAGCAAUAUAUUUACAUUAUAUUAAACAAAUCAGUACUAGUUGUUUCAUACCCUAAUGUUUAACAAGAGGUAAACACAAGAACUAAUUUACAAAAAAUUUAUCAAUUUUAUAAUUUUACAUGCAUAUAAUAAUUACUUUUAUAUUCGUACCAAAGAUGGUCUUGUGAUAUGUAACUCAUCAAAUCGAUAGAGAAUUUUUCGCAUUUAAUGGCAAUAUAUUAAUUUUUCUAUUUUAAAAUUUAUUUUGUCUUGUAUUAUCAGAGUUUGGAAGACGGCCUGCUAUAGAUGUAGAUGCAAGAUUAGAUAUUAAAGAAAACUAGACAUUUUUUUGCAAAUGUACAAUGGAACAGGUAUGCCUACUUUCGACAAAAUAUUAUUCGUGACGAUUGAUAAGUUUUGCCCAAAAAAUUAAGUUUUUUCGUUAAGAUGUCUAUAUUUUGAACAGAAAGAAUAAUAUGUAAUACAAUGAUAUAGUGGUGGACCGUUCUAAUCUUCGGGUUUGUUUGUGUGUUUUUCCUUAUGGAUUUCGAUUUUGUGUUUUUUAAAUUAUGGACUUCCAUGUUGAGUAAAGGUUUAGGGCGUUUUCUUUAUUCUUGAGACUUCCUUGUAUUUUUACUUUUUUUGGCCUACAGAACCUGUAACCAGAAAUAUAUCUACGAAUCUCCGUCAGGCUAGACGAACUCAGACUAAGUCUAAGGACUAAGCAACAGCCUUACUUGCACAAAAUAUACUUCAGCGAAGUCACAAAUAAAAUAUGUCACAGCUAUCCCAUAAUGAAAAACGAGAACAGUAAGAGCUAGGACAUAUAUAACGAGAAGCACCUGGAAUCCUCAAUAAACGAGAUGAUGCCCUCAUCCUUCACCCAACAUAAAAAUCGCUAGUUAAUAAACUCAACAGUGAAAUCCAUAAGGAAAAACCAUACUCAUAAAACCCAACAGUGGAAUCUAACUUUGUACACCACUAAAAUUUUACGCCACAAACUCAAAUUAAAUCCUUAUUUUCUACAAAAUUCCUAGCUCUGAUAAUAGCUUGUCUGUUUUUGUUUGUUUUUGGGAAUAUGAAUGGUUUUAAAAAAUUUUGCAAAAUCAUAAUGCAAAAACAAACAGAUACUCGUAUUAGCUUUAAAUUAUGAUGACACACUUGAAGUUAUCAAUCGUAUUUAUUUAAUAUACUAUAUAAACAUAAGUUAUAUUUAUACUUAUUUAUGAACAUGUAACGUGUGAUGAAGUUUAACAAUUAUAAUCUUCAAUUUUA